AUGGGAUCGGACCACCAAAACCAACAGGUAAUCUCAGGAUUAUUGAUGACAUACACAAAGAGCCACCACUUUAUUGUUGAUAAUUGGGAUCAACACAAAAGCAAACACAGACUCAGACUGAGCGAGACUGGAGUAUACGUUUGGGGAAUGGGAUCGCACCACCAAAACCAACAGAUAAUGGACAAUAAGGUGGCCGCCGAUGAGGAUGAAGAGCUGUUCGCCAACGAUAUACUGGCGCUAAUCAACGAUGAAUGCGAUGAUAACGUGUCGGACGGAGGCGUCGGUGCCACUGAUGGCCACCAAGACGUGAGUCAAACACUCAAACUCAUUGACGACAGCGAAGACAUAUUUGCGGCCAAAGAGGGGACGAGUGGCUCGUGCGGUGACAACGAGACGAGUGUUCGGCAACUGUUCGGUGAUAUGAGUGAUGACGAAGAGUUAGGGCGCGAGUCGUGUCUCACAAAAGAGGGACAACUGAUCGCCGAUAACCUCAACAGAGAUAACGAGUCGACAAGUGUUUCGUUGUUUGAGACGAAAAGAAGUGGCGAUAAAAACGGCAAAAAUAUUUGGACACAAAAGAAGCCGAAGAACGCGAUGGCGAAGAAACAAACGGAUGACUCGAUUCGCGAUGUCUUCUCCGGCAUUCGUCUCAUAAAUCCGUUGAUAUCAAGCGAUCGGAUGCGGGAACUGAUGAGCGGACGAAAAAUGGUUAAAAUGUCUUUAAUUAAGUCUCACAUAAACCGCAAAACUCAAGACAUUGACGACGAUUGGGUGACCAUCGGAGUGGUGGUCAACAAAGUGGCGCCAAAAGUGAGCAAAAACGGCAAACAGUACUCCAUUUGGAAGUUAAGUGACAUGAAGACCAAGAAUACGGUCUCAUUCUUCCUGUUCGGCGACGUCUACGCCGAGCACUGGAAGCUCACCGUCGGCUCUGUUGUCGGUCUACUGAACGCUAAGAUAAUGUCCGACGACUUCAAGAAGGACUCAAAAUACGGCAAAAGCGAGAUCUGUUCGCUAACUAUCGACAAUUCGGCUAAACUUCUGGUGUUGGGAACGGCCAAAGAUCUGGGCUAUUGUCGCGCCGUUAAGAAGAAUCAAGAGAUUUGCGGCGCUUUAAUCAAUUUGGCUGAAGAGGACUUCUGUGUGUUUCACGUGAGGAACGCCUACAAGAAGUUCGCCUCAAAGAGGGCCGAAAUUCAGUCGUCGUUCUCCAACGUCGAGCCCAAGAAGUACGGACUGAACGCCGCGAACGGCGGUAUGUUUUGCAACGGUUUUGCGGACGGAGAGCGAAAGGAUGGGCCCAUAGUUGAGACCAAAGUCUAUAAGUCGAGUGAUUUGAAGACUAAGAGAGAUAAUGAGUGCAAAACACUGACCAAAGUUAUGAAGAAUCCCAUCUCCAAAGCGGCCAAACAGUUGGCCCUUACAUGCGGUGACGUCAAAGCCAACAAAACCGGGAACUCUUCAGUCAUUUCUGCCAAAGAUGUGUUCAAAUCAAUCAAACGCGAGACCAAUGGUCAGAGUUUGAGUCACUUCUCUGUCCCCGCGUUAGCCAAAGGAUACAAAAGCGGAGAUUUGAUUGAUUUGAGUCACAAUUCAAGCGCUAAAUUGCGAGCCAUUCAGACACUGACUGCGAAACCUAUUGUCGCCAAAGACCCGAAUGACACGAAAAAGAGUCAAAAUAAGAGAGCGUUGGAGAGAAUCAAAGCCCGAAUAGACUCAGAACUGAUCGCUUCGGGAGACACUUCUGAAGUACAAGAAGAAGAAGAGGAGAAAAGAGUGAAGAGAUUGCGAACUCAGUUAAUAAGCGAAGCAUUGGGUCGGAAGUCAGUGAAUGAGAGGGGCGUCGAAGAAGCGGAAGCCAUCUCUCGAGACAAGUAUUUCUCAACACUCGAGAAGAAGGAGAAAAUGGAGACAAAGCUGUCGGAGACGUAUGAAGUGGAGUGCGUUGUCAUCAGUUGCCACUCCUGUCAAUACACGGCUCACUCGGCCUCCGACUUAUGCCGUAAAUCUCGUCACAAACUCGUCAGACAUAAGGCCACCAAACGCUUCUUCAAGUGUAAGAACUGUAAGAAUAGGAGCUAUACUUUCAAUGUAUUGAUUCCGACGAAGCCCUGCUCUAAAUGCGGACAAUUGUCUUACGACAAGACAUCCAUUGUUAACAUCAAAGAAGAGACAACACUUGUGGACAAAAAGCUGCAAAUUCGUGGCGAAGAACUCAAGUUCUUGAAUACAAAUCCAGACACUUGUCUAGUGAUCACGAGUGCCAUCAGUGCCCACACUUGCGAGGAGGAAGUGGUGAAGUGGUUGGGCAACAAUGGCAGACCCGCUGUCACUGUUGAGACAAUACAACGUCAAUAA